UCUAUAUUAGAAUGUGUCCUACUUAGUUCUCUCACAGAUCCCCUCUCAGGUCGGAGUCUUUUUUGAGACAAACUGGGGGGAAAUGGACUGCAUAUUACUUUUCUCCAUCUCGGCUGUGCUGCUAAAUCUCUCUCGAGCGUUUCCUGCUACGGUUGAUCAAGGUGAGUUUCUAUUCAACCCUCAUGUGUUCUUCAAAUCAGAUAUCCAGUCUGAUGAUGUGGAUAUAUUCUCAAGAAUUCUGCAGGCAAACAAAGCGGCACUCCUCUGCUCGUCUACUGUAGGGAGAUCUGGAGGUAAACAGCAGUUGUCUCUGUCUGUGGGCGGCUGUGUUUUUCACGGGAUCAUUGAACAUGAGCUCCUCCAUUCUCUGGGGUUCCACCACGAACACACCAGGAGCGACAGAGACCAGUACAUCUGGAUCAACUGGCAGAAUAUUCCACAAGCAUCUGCACACAACUUUCAGAUAAAGGACACAAAUAAUCUGAAUACCCGUUAUGACUACAACUCCAUCAUGCAUUAUGGAAGGACAGCCUUCACCAUUCAAUAUGGCAUGGAAACCAUCAUUCCAAUUCCUAACCCUUUAGUACCGAUUGGACAGAGGCAGGAAUUGUCUGACAUUGACAUUCAGAGAAUCAACAAGCUCUAUGAAUGUGGUCUUUAAAGUGAACACAGAAGAUCAAACCCCAGUGAAAUACAGACUGUGACAAAAUAAAAGGAUUACGGUACUGUGUAACCAAAGUUAAUCUUUUCCUUCCUCCUUUGUCUGUAACUUGACCACAAAUGUAAUGAACUAACCGCAGUGCUGAAUUGCAAUAAACCUUGUUACGGGUCA